CUUUAUAAUAAUUAUUUUCUUCUUAAAUAUACUGCUACUAAUAUAGAAAUUAAGCAAUUUUUUGAGGAUUUUCAUAUAAAUAAAUGUACAAGAGUAGAAGAUAAGAAAGAUGAUUUCACCGAGUAUGUUGAUGAAUGUACAAAUAAUCAUGAUAAAGAAAGUAUGGAUAGGAGUAAUAAAUAUAAGAGUGGUAUUGUUCAGGAUAAUAAAAGUUCAGAGUGUAAUUAUGAAAAUUCAAAUAAAGGCAAGGAAAAGAUUAUUCAGCCUGUAGUUCACAACACUAGGCAAUGGUCUAAAUUGUCCAAGAUCAUCAACAGUA